UGCCGAAUGGCUGAGGCGCCUGGCGCUGCUGCUCCUUCCCGCGACGGCAGACGGGCAGCUCCGAGCCUGGUGGGGGAAAGCGGCGGACCCAUUCCCUGCUGCUGUCACCGGAGCCGCGCAGCGCCAUGGUCUCCUGGAUCAUCUCCAGGCUAGUGGUGCUUGUAUUUGGCACACUUUAUCCUGCAUAUUACUCAUACAAAGCUGUAAAAUCAAAGGAUAUUAAAGAAUAUGUAAAAUGGAUGAUGUAUUGGAUUAUAUUUGCACUCUUCACAACAGCAGAGACAUUCACGGACAUUUUUCUUUGCUGGUUUCCAUUUUAUUACGAACUCAAAAUAGCUUUUGUAGCUUGGCUGUUGUCUCCUUACACAAAGGGCUCCAGCCUGCUGUAUAGGAAAUUUGUGCACCCCACACUGUCCUCGAAAGAAAAGGAAAUAGAUGACUGCCUAGUCCAAGCAAAAGAUCGAAGCUAUGAUGCCCUGGUGCAUUUUGGGAAGCGGGGGCUAAAUGUUGCAGCCACAGCUGCUGUGAUGGCAGCUUCCAAGAUCUCCCAGCUCCUUCAGUUUCUCUUGUAUUUGGACCUGAAAGAAGGGCAGGGCCAGGGCGCUCUGUCAGAGAGGCUUCGCAGCUUCAGCAUGCAAGAUCUCACCACAAUUAGGGGAGAGAGCAGCAGCAGCACUGUGAGUCCGCCUCCUCCUGCCCCCUCAGUUUCAGUGCGAACAAGUAGCAAGCAGAGCCACCCCAAAACGUCCAAAAGUGCAUCAGAAAGUAUUGGACGCUCAGUGGUUGAACUAGAGGUUGGGGCAGAGAGUGAAAGGCCACCUGAGGCAAACUGUGAACCAACGGAAGUUGUGUUCUCAGAUGAUGAAGAGAACGACUCAUUGGAUGGCACAUCCAAGCCUAAAACACCUAAAAAGAAGGAUCCCGUCAUUGAGGCACCGCCUAGGAGCCUUAGACCUCGUUUCAGGAAAAAAAGUACCUCAUCUUCGACCACUGAAACCAUGUGAGCGUGAUGAGCCAUUAGCGCCGAGAUCCACGGAAUGUCUCUCUUCUGCCUUAAAAGAUCUACUCCGUUAAUAAUGUAGGGGGGGAAACAGUGGUGAGAUGGAUGUGCUUUUGAUAUUGCAACGUUAUAAACAUGGCCUUUCUCGCUUCCCUUUCCCUUUGCUGUGGGUUCCCUGACUGUUUUUGUGGCAUUGCAAACCCAGAAGGCAAAAGCAAACCCCCUGGAUUUCUUUGCAGAGUAGCAAUUCUUUCAGCUAUACUAGUGAGGCUGUACAUUUGUAAUUACUCCUUACAUCAGCUUCGUUUUUAGCUCUGUGCGUGCAACCAGGAAAAUAAUUAUUUACCUGUUCUAAAUACUUGGAUCCACACUAUUUAUUUUGGGCUUCAUAAUGUAUAGAGUGGCAGGGGCCACAGAUUUUUCUACCCAAGCUUUCUCCAUCUUAUCUUUAUUACAGAACUGUGAAUGAUAUGACAAAUCAUGAAUUCUUUUCACUGUACACAUGAGCUUAAUUGCCACCCCCACCCCCUGUAAAUUUUAUUUAUUGUAACUCAGAUACUGUGUGUACUCCUGAAAAAAAUAGAGCCAGAAGAUUUUAGAGGAGGAACUCACAGGUGCGUGCACACACAUACACACAUCUAUGUAUUAUCACAAGCUAUGGGAGCAGUUUUGAUGACAGCGAUUGGCUGUGGCUGACAUCCUAAGUAUAUUUACCUGGAGGAAAGUCAUGCUGAAAUCAAUCAGACUUUGUAAACAGAAUUAGGAUUGCAUUGUUAAGUAUAUUAUGCAUAAAAGAAACUAACAUUAUAACUCUUGGCCAACUUAAUGAACAUGCCUACAGCAUGCAGUCAUAAUAAAUGCUAGGAGGUAAACCAAAAUCACUUUAGCAAAGUGUGGGUUGGCCUAUGUGUAAGUCAGCCAUGUCUGCACAUGGGAUUUUAAUCCUAACAUUUUCCCACCAGGUAUGUAGGUAUUUCUUUCAGAGAAAGAUAGUGGAAGACUGUAACCAAACUCCCUCACGUAAUGCAAAGAUUGUUAGCUUCUGGUAUAGCUCACAAUAGUCUGUAGAUCCCAUGGUGCGUUUGUAAUUUUAGAGAGGUACAAAAUGAGGAAACAGUACCAGGAUUUGUGUAUUCGUGCUUCAGAUUGGUGUCUCUUGUAAGUGUUGAGCAUGUAAAAUCUAAUUAUGUAGACAAUUGUAUGUGUUCAUUAGAAUAUUUAAUAUUGUAGAAUAUAAAAGAUCUUGCCACUGAGAUCAGAUGGGUAGAUUUCAAAUGAUACUACUGACCUCCUUCAUGUGUAGCAGGGAUUUAGGUGGCUGUGUUUAAGGUACCAAGAUUAGCACUAUGAAACGUUGGUUAAAUAUUUUUGUUUGGGGUUUAAGAAUCCAUAUCCUAGCCUCCCUUAACGCUUCUUAAACGUUAAUUUGGAACUUCUUAAAUUUUUUGAAAAGCCUUAAAAAUCCAACCAUUGCAUAAGCAUGUAUCAGCAUGGUUACUGCUGUGCAAGAAAACAAAAACAGACGCCUCCAACAGUGAACCAUAUUUGGAUCUGUUGCCAUUUCAGUCAACAAAUGAAUAAUUUAGAUGGCAGCUAGAAAAUAUUCAGUUGUAGCACAAAACUCUAUUUUGGGGGGAGUUAAGCUAGCAUAUUUGUUGAGCAGUUUUUUGAAGUCUGUAUACACUCAUGCACAGAAUUCAAAGUUGUCUGCAACAUCAGCAAAAUGACAUUAUCUUGCAAGCAGGUAACUUUUGCCAAUAUAUACCGAUAUGUGUGACAGAAUAAAAUGAGAAAGUGGCAAUUUUGUAUUAAAUUAUGCCAAAAAGACACAUUUGUAAAUUUCUCCUCAAAGCGAACUGAUGUCUAUCUGACCUACUGUUUUACUGACAAGUAUGACUGUUCUGGACUUCCUUGGUGUUUAGUGCUAAGGUGAAACUCUCUGAAUUGCCUUAUCUCUCAAAUUAAAUUCACUGUAAGAAGAAAAUAUCACUGGUAAUAGUGCUAAUCAAUCAGUUGAACUGUGUUAUCUGUGUAUAGAUCAGUGAGAAACAUGAAUGGCUAAAUAAGUGCAGCACUUACGUUCCAUAUAUUUUUUAAAUCUGCAAUACAAUGGAAGCAGGUUGUUCACAGCCUUGGCCGAGACAUGUGCAUCAAAACAUAUCAGCUUCUAGCAUUUUGAACACUCAAGACUUGUAUUCUCUACCAAUUUACUAGGGCUAUCCAUUUUAUUUUCAGUAGAAGGCUCCCAUAUAAUUUAAUUUCACGUACACAUUGGGGAUUAAUAUGCUCUACUUUCUUGGUUUGGUUCUCUAGUCUUACCUCCUCGGACCAAUACUGGGGGUCAGCUUUGCAUAGCCAACUUUAGCUUCCACAAUACUCAGUUCCUGCUGAUUUUUGUUUUUGCGUUACAGAUGUAGAACCACAGAACAGAGGCGGAUUUUGGUACUCUUUGGUAACGGGGGUCCUGCAAGAGCCCCAGAUUUGGUUCUUCUCAAUUUUGUACCCACUCGGCUCAUUGCCCUGUGUGAGGGAACUGCCUGCAUCACCCAAAAUUUAGUGCUACAUAGAAUCACAGAGUUAGAAGGGACCCCAGGGAGAGAGGAAGAAGAGUUUGGAUUUGAUAUCCCGCUUUAUCACACCCGAGUCUCAAAGCGGCUAACAUUCUCCUUUCCCUUCCUCCCCCACAACAAACACUCUGUGAGGUGAGUGAGGCUGAGAGACUCCAGAGAAGUGUGACUAGCCCAAGGUCACCCAGCAGCUGCAUGUGGAGGAGUGGAGACACAAACCGGGUUCACCAGAUUAUGAGUCCACCACUCUUAACCACGACACCACACUGGCUCACAAGGAGCAAUGUUAGACUGUGGUUCUCCAGCACAAUACUGUUUCUGUUGCUACAAUUCUAGUAUUAUAAAACUACGGGGAGGGUUCCCAAACACGUAACUGUAAAAUGUUCUUUAUUGUAGGAAAAUAGCUAACUUCUCAAGAGAACAGGCUAUUAUGGCUUAGUUGCAUAUGCCUACGUAUCAGUACUGAUCUAAUUACCAAAGUUGCUCACCCUUCACUAUUCAUGGGGAUAGACCAUAGCUCAAUGGUCGAGCACAUGCUUUGGUUCCACCUUCUACCUGCAGAAGGUUCCCAUUUCAGUCCCUGGCACCUCCAGUUUAUGUUCAUGUGACAUACCUCUGCUGCAGACUCUGGAGAGCUGCUGCCUGCAGUCGGUUUUAAAACUAAAACACGGGGGGGGGGAUGCUGAACAUAAAGUUGGGGUGCUCUCUAGCCAGUUGUAAACAACCUGCUACCUUCAAGCUGUACUCUGCAAGAUACGGUAAUUGUACUCUUAAGUAGCUUAUACAUGUACUUGUGCCUAAAUGCUUGUUAAUUAGUCUCUUUUGCUGUUUUUAUUUGCGAGUACCUGCUUUGCACUUGGCACACUAUUUGAAAUUGUCAAGAGCACUGUAUUUUAGAAAGUAACACAAGUGGCCAAUAUCUGAGGCCGGUAACGGGGCACUUAAUAUUGUUUGUUUCCACUGAUCCAUAGCAAGGACGUGCUAGGCUAGAACGUUUAAAAAUGCAUUGUAAGAUCACAUACUACAACAGUAUUCCAAAGGUCAAUGUUUUGUUAUAAUGCUUGAUAUACAUCUUGAAAAUAAAGUCUUAAAUUUUUCUUUUA